CAGCAAAAGGCAUUAGCAGCAGACGCAACAGCAACAACAACAACAGGAACGUCGAGUACUUUAGGCAAUAAUUUGAUAAAAAUUAAUAGCGUUGACAAAAUUGUACACAAAACGACAGCAGCAACAGCAGCAGCAACAGCAACAACAACAGCAAUUAGUAAGCAGCAACAGCUACAACAACAAUUACAGCAAAGGCGCUCAUUGCUGCCAGCAGCCGCAGCAGCGCACCAAAGCGUAACAGCAACACCAACAGCAGCAGGGCAGUCGCAUCAGCUGCAAACUGUGGCCACAAUACAUCAGCAACACUCAGCGCUGCAGCAGCAGCAACACACAGCAUCGCGUCUGCCUGUACAGCAACAGCAACAGCAGCAGCAACAGCAGCAGCAGCAGCAACAGCUUAUUAACAAUUCUAAGGAAUUACCAUCAACGCGUCGCAGCUUCUAUCAGCUACAGCAACAACAACAACAGCAACAACAGGCAACUCUUAAGGCAGCACAUCUAAGAGCCCCCGCACACUCGAUACCCCCACGAUACCAGCCACCGCCGCAGCCGGGUUCAGGCGGCGGCAUACUGAAGCCACACUUGCCACUGAAGUAUCCGCCGGAUAUACCGCAGUUAACCAGCAUCUAUAUACCCGAUUCUGUGAAGCAGCAGCAACAACAACAACAGCGACAGCAGCAGCAGCAGCAGCAACAGCAGCAGCAGACGCGCCAUCUGCAUCAGCAGCAUCAACAGUCCAGCAAGGCACAACAGGACAUGCUGAAGUUUGUGCGCAAACAAGAGCAGGAACAUCCGUCGCCCAGUGCCUCGGUCACGUCCAGCGUGGCCACAGGCAUUCCAACGGCCAACGGCGGACGAUUAACAAUCGAACAGAAUCGUCAACUGCAGUCCCUGGUAAAUGAGCUCCGCGCGCUGAAGGAACAAAAUCAGCGCCUGCUGGAUGACAACCAGGAAUUGCGCGACUUGUGUUGCUUUCUGGACGAUGAUCGGCAAAAGGGCCGCAAGCUGGCACGAGAAUGGCAACGCUUUGGACGCUACACGGCCAGUGUCAUGCGUCAAGAGGUGGCUGCCUAUCAGAAUAAAUUGCGUCAACUGGACGAUAAGCAGCAGGAGCUAAUCACCGAUAACCUGGAGCUGAAGGAGCUGUGCCUGUACUUGGAUGAGGAGCGUGCUCAUGUUGCUGCCAAUGCGCUCUGUGCUGGCUGCGGCGCGGCCACGCGUAACGCACUGCGCGACGACGGAGACGGAUCGAGUUCAAGCACCAACGCGGACGAGACAAUCACAGCGCUGCGCAACUAUGCGGAACAAAGGCAAUUGCCGGAUUUGCGCAACGCCCACACGCUCAACGAUCAGACUUUGCAAUAUGUACGCUCGCUGGAGCGGCGCAUACAGCAGCUGGAGGAGGAACGCACAACGCCAACGGCUAAUUUACAACAGCCACAGGCAGCAACACCACCAGCAGCACCAGCACCAGCCAAAUUAGCGCCCUCGCCACACAGCACACACACACAGCAGGACAUCAGUCAGGCGGUGGCUGCAGCAGCAGCGGCUGCUGCUGCCUUGCCCGAACCAAUUUCUGGCCGACCGGAAGCUGUGGUUCGGGCGCUGCAAGUCUUGGAAGUAAGGGAGCAGCUGGAACGUGAUCGUUUGGGCAAUCUGGCGGGCUGUGCCCUCGAUCAAAUGGACGACGGCGAGAAGGCGCUGGUGCGAGAGAUGUGCAACGUUGUCUGGCGCAAGCUGGAAGGAAGUCCGCAUGGCCCCACCGCCCUAGAGCCGCUAUAGGCAUUCGAAAAUAUCCAACAACACCUACAACAAAACUUGGCUAACACACUUACUAAAACACAUUGUACAAAGUUCAAACUAUGACUUAAGAUUAAGCGCUUUAUUUAAAAAAAAAACAAAAGCAAAUACUCAAAAUACCUAUUUUGUAUAAUCCUUGACUGUUAUUUUUUUAUAUUUUACAUACACUGCUAAUGUUACAAAUCAAUCCUAUCUUAAAUUAACAAAACCACGUGCGGUAGCUUUAAAAAGUACUGCGUGGGCAUCUCCUUAAAUACAAAUCAACCAAU